GCUGGAAGAUCUGAGCAAUGCGAAGGUCUGACCUGGCUGGCCGCGCGGUGUGGGAUUCGCGACGGACGACGGACGGCCGCCUCGGCUCGCGUGUCAACAAGCGCCGCCUCUCCCACCCUCUCGUAAACCCACAGUUCACAGCGUCACUGCAGGGGCUACCGCUGGCGCGUUCUGGACUCAGCGGCGGCCUUUGCGAGCUGGAGCUGGGUCUUGGGCACGCGGACACAGAGUACGCCGCGCCGCCCGCAUCGCCGCCCUACGGCGGCGGAAGCGCCAGCGGCAACGAUGGCAGCAGCGACGGCAGCGGCGACGGCAGCGGCAGCUCGAUCGGGCGCGUGGGCAGCGGCAGCAGCACUGUGAGCAGAGGGAGCGGAAGCGCGGACGGCGACGACGGCGGCGGCGCGGGCGGCGACGACGUCGUCAUGCGGCCGCGCAAGAAUUCGAAGACUUUGCCGCUCGCCAAAAUGCCGACUCUGAUCGACGCGUCGCCCUCGGCGGAGCUGGGCGAGGCGGCGGGCCGGCAGUUCUACGGGCGGCAGGAGUCGCUGCUCGCCGACGAGACCCUGAAGAGGGACGGCUCGAGGGAUGCGGACCCGUCCACCCUCUCCACCUGCGCGGCGACCCCUUCCAGUCCCCAGGUGGCGCGGAGCAGCAGCCUCGUCCUCACGGCCGACUUCACGCGCGUCGUCGGCGGCUUCUGAGGACGGCUCGGCGGCAGGUGCUCGGCGGCAGGAUCGCGGAAUGAUUUGUGGAGGAGGACCAGACCGGUCCGGCGCCGGAGGCACGGAGCGUGCGAGCCGCAGCCGAUGUGCCUCGGGCGCGAGCUGGGGCAGGGCGGAUGGCUAGCCGGCUUCGUCCGCGGAGCCCGGGAGGGGGAGGGGGGGGGUCUGGCCGCUGUGGUCGUGCCCCUGAGGCGCGCAGCGCGAGGUAGCAUGCGGGGGUGGUCUGGGUCUCUGCAUGAUGUGUGCGGCGGCGGUGGUGGAGCGCAGGCCUCCUUGCUGCCGACAGACUUUGGUGGGUUCUUGCAUGCACGGUGCUGUCCACGCCUCUUCUGACGUCUUCUGCUCGCCGCCGCGUAUAGAGAAGGGUGGCCGGGGGGGCAUCCAUGUCAGUGUAUGUGUCAGUCUGUGUCGCAUGUCGGAUUGCUCGUGCGUGCUCGGGCGGGGUGCACCAUCCGAGACGCGACUAGCGCUCCUCGGUUGCCGCCUGCGCUCGCAUCGCAUCCGAAGCUCUAGAGCCGUAGGCCCAUGCUAGGUCGCAUGACUUUCAUUAUAUCACAUGUAUCAUGUACUUGUGAAAAUCAAUCUCGUUUAU